AUGCCCGUCACCUGCUACUACACACAGCCUAUAUUUGGUAAGCCGGAUUAUUCAACCAAGAGGUUCAACCAGGAUGGUUCAAAGUGUAAAUCGAAUACGCAACAAGUCUCUCCGGGGGUUCCAUGGACCAGAUUCGGGCUAUACACUCAUGGAUACGAUGAUGCCAAUACGCUGCCUGCCCUGCGUUUAGAUAAGUUUCAGCCGACUGAUCUGCCACAUAAUCAACCUCACAUCAGUACUCGUUGGUCCGGCGGGAGGAGUGGCCAACGAGUAGCUUCUAGAUUAGUUCUCAACCAGACACAUUCCCGCUGA